CGGAAGGCGACUGACGGCGUCCGUCCUUGCCCUUUGAGCCCCGCGUUUAAAUUCCCGUCAACCGUCAAGAACCCUUCCUCGCACGUCGAUAGGCCGCGCGUUUGAGACCAACCAAUGGAAUAUGCUUCGCUCACAGAGACGUAAGAAAAUGGUUGCUGUUUCGGAGAUGUCAGCCUAUGAAGUGUAUCAGCGUAAUAAUGCUGAUAAGAGGCAAGAGAAUGCUACUAGGCUCAAGGAGAAAAGGAAGAGAAAGAUUGUGAAACGAAAGCAGUUCAAGCUGAACGCAUUGGCUGCCAGUGAGUUACUUGAAGCUGCUUCAGAACAUUCGAAGAGAAGCUCUGUGCAAGAUUCUGAACCAACCACACUCGGUGAAAAGGAACCAAUGGUCACUAUUGUUGAAGCCCCCAAUAAGACUAAGUUGAACAAUGGUUCUGUACAGGAGAGAAAAAAGAAAAACAAAUCUGAAGAUACUCUGAAUAGUGUGCAAGUCAGUAAGAAGUCAAACAAGAAAACUACUUUGGCUAUAAAAGAUUCUCUCACUGAUGUGCCGUCAGCAGCUAAGAAAGAUUCUCGUGCAGAUUUGUCCUCAAGUGCCAAGGGAAACGGGCAUCCAACUGUGUCAUCUAAGGCUAAGAAACAAUCUUCUUCUACAGUCCAGUCAGGUUCCAAAGUUUCAGAAUCUGAAUCAAUAUCUUUGUCAGAUUCUGAAAGCAGUGUACAUAUUGCUGAAAAUUUCUUCUCAUGGUUAAUGGAUCCCAUUAGCAAAGAGGAUUUCUUCAGUCUUUAUUGGGAGAAGAGACCUGUCCAUAUUUGUCGAGAAGAAAAUCGUGACUAUUAUGGUGGUCUUUUGUCAACAACUGGCAUUGAUGAUAUGCUGCGCAAGAAUAAUAUCCUGUACGGGAAAAAUAUUGACAUCACAUCAUACAGCAAUCAAAAAAGGGAAACUCUGAAUUCGACUGGACGUGCCCAUGCUGCAGUUGUGUGGGACUACUAUCGCAAUGGUUGUAGCAUACGUCUGCUGAACCCUCAGACUUAUCACCCUCAACUGAGAGAGCUGAAUGCAAGGCUUCAGGAAGUGUUUGGUUCUUUUGUUGGAAGCAAUGCUUACCUCACUCCCCCCAACUCUCAAGGAUUUGCACCGCACUAUGAUGACAUAGAGGCAUUUGUUCUACAAAUUGAAGGCAGCAAAAUGUGGCGUGUAUAUGCUCCAAGGAAUGCAAGUGAAAGAUUGCCUAGAACUUCUAGCCCUAGUUUUACUCAAGAAGAGAUUGGUGAACCACUUCUUGAAGUCUACUUAAAAGCAGGGGAUAUUUUAUAUUUCCCUCGGGGAUUUAUUCAUCAGGCAAAUACUGUGCCAGGCGAGCAUUCCCUGCAUGUGACUAUAUCAGCAUAUCAGAGAAAUUCCUGGGCAGACUUGCUCGAGAAGCUUGUCCCAGCAGCUUUAUCUUGCGCUAUUAAUGAAGAUGAAGACUUUAGAAAGGGCUUGCCUCUUGAUGCAAUGAACCACUUAGGAGCAGUUCAUUCUGAUUCAGAAUCACCCGAAAGAGAGGCUCUUAUGAAGAAAUUAAAGCGACUGUUCAACAAGCUCUUUGACUACGCCCCUGUAGAUGCAGCUUCUGAUCAGCUAGCAAAGGACUACAUUCAUGGAGCACUCCCACCAUGCUUGUCAUCAGCCGAAAAGAAAUGUUCAGUGCUGGGAAACAGUGAUAGAAUGUGGGAAAAUGGCCAGUGCCAAGGAGCUGUCAUAUUAUCACUUGAGACGCCUCUCAGAAUCACUCGUGCCAAUGUCUUGAGAUUGGUCUCUGAAGAAGAACCUGAUUGUGUGAAACUGUAUCAUUCUAUUGAAAACUCAUUGGAAUAUCAUGGGGAAGAAAUUCAGUGGAUUGAAAUUCCUGUUCAUUUUGCUCCUGCAGUAGAACAUUUAAUUAUUUCAUACCCAAAAUUCACCCCAAUUAAUGACCUGCCUCUUGAAAAUGAUGCAGAUAAGAUUCAAUUAGCUACCGAAUUGUGGGAACGUGCCCUUGUUCUUACUCAAAAACCCCUUUCUGUGGUUAUUGACAAUGGUGUUGACGUUGACGACGAUGAUGACAAAUGAAUUAAUGAUUGACAGAUUUACCUGGAUUUGCCCUCAGAAAUUUUUCACUGUAAUCUUUUUUUCCUUUUUUCUUUUUCUUUUCUUUUAUUUCUUUUGGGAGGGGGCGGGGGAUUGAUGAGGGGGACUUUCAUGUAUGACAUGUGAAGAUUCCUCAUGCGACAGAAAUGUUCUGUUUGUACAUGUUUCUUGGGAAUAGACCAUGAAACGCAAUUGUUACCCAUCCUCUUCCAGCUUGUACAAGAACUUAGUUUGUAAUGUUUUGGGCUGUGAUUUUUACAUAAACACAAUCAUUUUGUAUCUUUUGAUAUUUUGUGUCAAUUAGCAUGCGCCUAUUUUCUAUUAGUUGAGGCAUGGAGAUGUAUUUUGUCGUUGUUUUUAAAUCAUGCCAACUGUUUCCGCUUUUCUUUACAUACUUUGACUCAGGAUGAUUGUUGUCACAUGAAAGCAAUUAAAAAGGUCAACGUUAAUUUAUCUCUUUAC